AUGUCAAAAAAAAAUUCGUCAGAAUCCUUAAAUAAAAAUGAUGUAUCAAAAAAGAAUAUUCACCCAGAUAAGGCCAAAAAAUAUAGUUCGAUAAUGAAAAAAAGAAAGAAAAAAUUAGAAAGCGAAAAAAUAAAUAUAGAAGAUAUAAGAAAUAAUGAAAUAAAUUUUCCAAAAAGUGAUUGUGGUUUACAAAAAAAGAAAAAGAAUAAAAAUAAGAAAAAGAAAAAUAAUAUUAAUAAAAAUAAAAAUGAAUCAGAGGAGGUUUCUGAAUCAUUUAAAUUUAAUAGUAUAAAUAAAUCCCAACUAGAAUCACCAAAUGAAAAUUAUAAUGAUGAAAAUAAUGAAAAUAAUGAUAGAGAAGAUAAUAGUAGUGAUAAUAGCAAUGACAAUAGUUAUAAUAAUAACAAUAACAAUAAUAAUAAUAGUAAUAAUAAUAAUAAUAAUAAUAAUAAUAAUAACAAUAAUAACAAUAACAAUAAUAAUAAUAACAAUAACAAUAACAAUAAUAGUAAUAGUAGUAAUAAUGAUAAUAAUAAUAAUAAUAAUAAUCAUAAUGUUAAUGGUAGUGUAAAUAAUAAUAGUAACCAAGAUGAUGAAGAUAAUCAAGAGAAUAAUAGUAACAAUAACAUUAGUGAUAAUGAUAGUUUAGGUAAUGGAAAUAAUAUUGAAUCCGACCCAUUUUCAUUCGAUAAACAAGAAAAUGAAGAUGAAGAAAAAGGUGAAGAUAGUUAUGAUGAAAGUGAAAAUCAAAGUGAAAUUAAAGAUAAUGUUUCAGAAAAUAUCAAAUCAAAUCAAAGUGGAAGUGAAGAAAUAGAUUUUGAUGAAAAUAAACUAUCUCCAUUCCCUAUUGACGAUUCUGAUUUAGAAAUUGGCGAUAUAGAUUUCGAAACAAAUACAAAUAAGAAAAUAUUAAAUACAGUAAUUGGGAAAAGGAAAAGAGAUGACAGCGACCUUAUGUUUAAUUUCAAUGAUCCAUUUACAAGCGAAAUUUCUUCAACAAAUUUUGAUGAUAUUCAAGGUUUCUUUGAUUUAGAUUCAAAGAUUACAAAUUUUUCAGAUUAUAAAGCAUUAAAAUCUAAAAAUGAAAUGGCCACAGGAACAACAAUAGCAAAUAAUAGCCUAAAUAAUAUAAACAAUAUAAAUAGAAAUCAAGAGAAAGAUGAAGAUGAAGAGAGCACUGAAGAGGAAUAUCAGGGAGAAAAAGAGAGUUAUACAAAUAAAAAACAAAAUUUACCACACAUACAAGAGGAAGAGGAGGUGGAUAUAGAAGAAGAGGAAGAAGAUGGUCAAGAAGAAGAGGUGGAUAUAGAUGAAGAGGAACCUUUUGUAAAGGAUGAAGUUGAAAAACCUUUUGAAGAAAGUGAAAAUGAAGAUAAUGAAGAUAAUGUUUUCGAAGAAGAUACUCAAUACCAUUAUAGUACCAAGUAUAGAUAUUAUAACCAUAAAGAUGAGGAUACCGAAGAAGAGGAAGAUGAUAAUGGGUCAGAUAAUGAAAGAGAACAAAUAAAGAGAGUGAAAUAUGUCCUUUCACAAAAAGCAAGAGUGCCAGAAUUAAGACCAUACAAUAAAGAAUUUGAAGAACAUGAAGCACCAAUUUUAAUAUACGAGCCAAGAUUACCUCAAUCACAAAUUGAUGAAUAUUUAAGAUUGGCAAGAGUGAAGCUUGAAGAGAUUUCAAACUCACUAGAAUCAAUGAAAGUUCCCGUUAAAAAACAGUUUUCAAAAAUUCCAGAUAGUUCAAUUUUAGAUAUACUUCACGAAUAUGACUAUCAAAUAAAUAUAGCACUGGACUCAAUCGAUUUUUCAACUUUUGAAAAUAUUAAACCAUGUUUAAAAGAUUGUAUAAAAGAGAAAUGGUCAAAUUUAGAAAUGGCUUUAUUUGACGAGGGCUAUAAGUUAUAUAAUAAAGAUUUUAAUAGAAUUUCUAUUAGUUUAAAAAAUAAAAGUUUACAAGAUAUAAUAGAAUAUUAUUAUUGGUGGAAGGUUAACUCUCCAAUAUAUAAAAAUUUAUUCAAACAAUUUUCACCACCUUUUGCCCGUAAGAGAAGCGCUUCGUUCCAUGAUGAAAAUAAUAACAAUCGUAAUGGCAAUAAUAAUAAUAAUAGAGAUGAAAUAGACAUCUAA